CAUCUGGAUGCAUGCGCGGAGCUUAUCAAGCGUCACGCAUACCUCGUUUCAAUGCAUUGUUACCAGUUGCGUUACUUCAGUCACAGUGCGCGGUAAACAUUUACUCGCGACGCACGUCCGAUCUUACGAGUUACGAUGAAUGGGACGAGUUUCGCGCCUUAACUUUUCGAAUUCGGUUUUUGAAUGCGUUGACGUUUUAUUCUCUUUUCAAAUUGAGUGUUCGUUUUUUAAAAAAUACUUUUUUUUUGUGGAUAAAGUGUGUACGUUUUGUGUUGUGUAGUGGAUUUAAUGACGUGUUUAUAGUGACUUUGAAUUGAUUGUUUGUUUUGGAUUAUUGUAUCUAAAUAGAUUUAUAUGAGAAAAGCAAUGAGAACCACUUGAGCUAAGGCAACUUACAAAUGAAAGAAGAAACUAACCAAUAUGCGCCAACCAUAUAAGCUGAUAUGGCGGCAAAAUUCAAACAUUUGUUUGGAAAUGGAACACCAUUUAUAGAGCGGCGCGUGCGCGGGGAUGAUUCGAAAUUCGAAAAUAGAACGGAUAUACGCAGGAAAUGGCGGAUACCGGAUGUUGGGGUGUGGAUUUUAGCUGUUGCCAUGCUGCUGACCGGUUGUUAUGGUUACCAGGAACAGAGAUUUGCGAUGGAGCCUCAAGAUCAGAGUGCCAUAGUCGGCUCCAGGGUGACGCUGCCUUGUCGGGUGGAGAACAAAGUGGGUGCUCUACAGUGGACGAAGGACGACUUCGGUCUUGGCACACAUCGGAACUUGAGCGGAUACGAGAGGUACUCCAUGAUAGGGAGCGACGAGGAAGGAGACUACUCAUUAGAUAUAAAAAAUGUGACACUGGAAGAUGACGGCAAAUACCAGUGUCAAGUCAGUUCAGGAUUGAAUGGUGAGCCAGCAAUCCGUUCCCGGUACGCUCAACUUAUGGUGUUGGUAGCACCAGACCCUCCCAGGAUAAUCCAGGGUGCCUUCAUAGAUGCUACUGAGGACCAACCAGUAGAUAUUGAAUGUGUCUCCGUUGGUGGCAAGCCUGCUGCUGAAAUAACGUGGGUAAACGGUAACCAAGCUGUCAUAAAAAAAGAUGUUAAAUGGAAAACGGAGUUGUUACCAGACGAACAGAGAUUUCAAACGAGGUCAGUAUUGCGGUUAACACCGUCCAAGGAACACCAUAACCAGACAAUAACAUGUCAAGCGCAGAACACAGCCGACAGAGCAUACAGGAUGGCCACUGUACAUAUUGAGGUGAAAUAUGCACCGAAGCUGAAUGUAUCAAUAAAGUCUGGGUUAAUCAACGGCAGGAUACCCGAAGGUACCGAGGCGAGGUUCUUGUGCGAAGUGGAUGCCAAUCCGGCGCCUCAAGUGUACAGAUGGUAUCUAAACAACAAUCCAAUGAUUGGCGACUACACCGAUGAAAUGAUUAUCUUCAACGUGUCCCGUAAGCAUAACAAAGCCGUCGUGAAAUGUGAAGUCAGCAAUUCAGUUGGGAGCAGAGACAAGACAGUGACUCUGGAUGUUACGUAUGCCCCAGCAUUUAGAACUCGACCGCAGAACAUAGCAGCAGAAGUUGGUAAGAGAGUAACACUCAGCUGCGAUGUGGAUGGUCAGCCCCAGCCUGAGAUCCGGUGGCUGUUUCACGAGCCCGGACGGAUAGGGCAGGUUAAGGGGAAGGCACCCAAUUUGAAUGUAUACGUUGGUAACGAAACAGCUGGCCGAUAUAUAUGUAAGGCCACAGUAGACGGCUAUCCGGAAAUAGAAAGCGAGGCUACUGUAUUUAUUAAAGGUGCACCAAAGAUUCUGUCAAAUAGAACACAAUUUGGUACGGAGGGCGAAGGUGUUACUGUUGAAUGUGCCGCAUUGUCAGUACCCAAGCCUGACGACAUCAGAUGGUACAUCGAAGGCCAUGAAAUCAGUGUAAUACAAGAUCCGGAUUACGCAAUACAAGAAGAAACACUACCUGAUGGUAUCGUCAAAUCAACACUAAGGAUCAGAGCCAGUCAGUCUAAACACUAUGGAGUAUAUAAUUGCAGUAUUACCAACGAGUAUGGUAAUGCAAACGCUGCAAUAGUACUGAAGCGGAUAAAAACCCUACCACUCUUCAUAAUACUGAUCGGCGUCACUUCCGGCAUCAUUAUAUUCGCUGCCUUCAUCAGCCUCGUCGUGAUCUGCUAUAGAAGACGUAGGAAGAGCAGCCAACAGAUGAGUGAGAAGCCUGACGUCACAGUGACCACUGGUGAUAUGUACAAAGGGAGUGACAGAAGUUCCAACAUCAGUGACCUCAAAAUGCAGUUGCCACAAGGCGAUGGCAAUUAUGAAUUGGAUUACACGAGUUCAGAUCGGUCAGACACGAAGAUACCAGCAGGGUUACCACUGGCAGGACCUGUACAGCUUCCCUCAAUCCGCCAUGAUGAGGCAUUAAUGCAGUUCCGAUACAGCAACGAUUAUAGCGACCCGACGUAUAGUGACCCGUAUUUUAAGGGUCCAGUUGGGUACGUGUACGAUUACCCUCAAGGCUAUCCGCCCCCACCGAAUUUGAGGGUACAAUCACCGACGCAAUUGGAAGUACCUCCAAAUAACCGGUCAUUGCAAGGUUCACUGACGCGUAGCAUUGAUACAGCAUCAACGCUUCCGAUGUCGACCGGCAAUGGAUCGCAAAAUAAUUCAUUGCAACGAACGACCAAGUCUCCAGAUGAGACUGAUGCUAUUAACAAUUUAGGGCUUCCAGUUGGUGCUGAAACACCGCCAACGCCAAUAUACGCCCAGCCUAAUAACAAAACAGGUGUAGACUUAAGAUAUUCGGCUACUUAUGGAAACCCAUAUUUAAGAAAUAGUUCACUUGGCUACGGACACCAAGUGCAUACAGCCCGACCGGCGGCCACACCAGCUCCGCCCCCGUACUCGUCUGUCAGGAGCUCUGUUGUCUUACCGUCAGGUUUGUAGGUAAUGGCAACCAAACAUCACAAGCUACGCAUGUAUAGCGAACAAUAACAAGACUUGUAUAAAGUUACGAACUCAUUUUCUAAUACAACUAGAAAAAAAUAUGUAAUUAUUUAUGAUUGUUUCGUAUUUACACUCAUUUUCAUGUGAAGUAAAAGUUAGGUAUGUGAACUUGUCGAUAAUAUUAAUAUCGAUGAAAACAAUUAUCGGAAAAUUAACUUCAAUAUUUUAUUCAGAUUAUAUUGUGAAAUGAUUUAAUCAAUUAUAAACAAUCAUAAAUAAUUAUGGUAGUUGUGUGUGUAAAAUACUAUGUUCCUAAAUAGAUUUUAAAUAUACGACUGAAUGUAAAUAUAUGACCUUAGGAUAAUUAUCCCGGUAUGUUAUUAUUUCAAAAAUGAAUCUUAUCGUACUCAAAAUUAGGGUACAAAUACAAUCUUUCAAUUUUUCAAAGCGAUAUGCUCAAUGAAUUAAUAGCCUUUUAUUUACAACUAAAAAGAGUACAGGUUAAUGGUAUUUUUUUUAAUACUGAAUUUAUAACAAAAUUGUUGUAUAGCAAAUAAUGGUUUUUCUUAUCAAGUAAUCAACGAGAAAAUACCAGCAGUUGAUA